AUGCAGGACCUCCGUAGCUCUCCUUACGCCAUCCUCCAGCAGGAGUGUGUCUCGGUACUUGAUCCUCACCUUAGUUUUGACAUGGACUUGUUGGCAGCCACCCUGGGGGGGUCCCCCAACACUCUCUGCUAUGACGGCGAGGGAGGAACCUUCUGCAAAGACUCUGGCCACGCUGCGUCAGGGAUGGCGGCGGUGUCGGGCCUGGGAGAGGACGGGGUCACAGGUCACCUGGGAGAGGACUGGGUCACAGGUCACCUGGGAGAGGACGGGGUCACAGGUCACCUGGGAGAGGACGGGGUCACAGGUCACCUGGGAGAGGACUGGGUCACAGGUCACCUGGGAGAGGACGGGGUCACAGGUCACCUGGGAGAGGACUGGGUCACAGGUCACCUGGGAGAGCAGCCACAGGUCACCUGGGAGAGGACCAGGUCAGGGACGACAGGUCACCUGGCAGCAGCCUGGCCAGAGGACGACUACCUGAGUUUGGGGACGACUGAUCCCAGCCUGGUGCUGAGAACACAGGACAUGGAGCAGUCCUGGCUGGAUGACCACCUCAUGUUGCUCUCCCAAGACCAGUUGCUUAACCCGGAAACAUCUCAGUUAUAUGAGAACCACGAGGAGCUGCCACAGAACCACUCCUUUAACCCGGAUUAUACAUCUGUAAUCUUACAGGACCCCACACGCCCCUCAUCUCCUUCGUUUCGGAAUCUUUCAGGUUGGUCAACUUCUUCCAAUGUGUAUUUUUCCGAUGAAAUGUCGGAAGUAGAUCAGGACAUCUAUACCUCAUCAGAUACACCGACAAAUACAUCAGAAGGAAGACCCAACUGUUCCUCGGCACACACCUUCAGUACCUUAGCCAACCCCUCAGGACGCCUCACUACUUUAGUCAGUCUUUCAGGGCACGCCCCCAGUGCCUUGGCCACCCCUUCAAGGCACGCCCCCAGUGCCUUGGCCACCCCUUCAAGGCACGCCCCCAGUGCCUUGACCACCCCUUCAGGGCACGCCCCCAGUGCCUUGGCCACCCCUUCAAGGCACGCCCCCAGUGCCUUGGCCACCCCUUCAAGGCACGCCCCCAGUGCCUUGGCCACCCCUUCAGGGCACGCCCUCAGUGCCUUGGCCACCCCUUCAAGGCACGCCCCCAGUGCCUUGACCACCCCUUCAGGGCACGCCCCCAGUGCCUUGGCCACCCCUUCAGGACACGCCCUCAGUGCCUUGGCCACCCCUUCAGGACACUCUCCCAACGCCUUGAUCAACCCCUUGUCCACCUCCAGAAAAGGUUACCAUCAUCGGAACACCAGAAAAUAUCUAAAAGAUCCAAAUGAAAAGAAACUACGUUCACAAAAGCUAAACAACGAAUCAUCGAAGCUGCAUCGUAACAAGAAAAAGGAAAAUAUCAAGAAAACAGAAAUACUGGAGCAACAACUACAGCAGGACCAGAAGCAGCUGACACUCGAAUGUCAACAGUUGGAGGACCACCUUCACUGGUGCCGAGAAAUGUACAAGGAACACAUCAGUAAAGUCUUCCCUCUCACAUAGUUGUAGUAAAGUGUUCUGCACAUAACAGCACCAAGUUAACCGGCUAUAAGUCACGGUCGUGGACCACUUUAGUGUCACCUUGAUGUAUUUAAACUAAUUUAUUCAACAUAACUUACCAUCAGUAAUAUAUAAUAAUUACAUCUUGUUUCUAGUGUAAUACAGAGUAGCCAUAAAGUAUGACCUGAUACAUUAUACACAUUAUAAAACAAAAGUAUCAUACACGACGAACAUACAGAGCCGUAAUGAAACUAUAGUGUCCUUGCCUAUACUGUUUUUGUUGUUCAGUAUAUUAAAACCAAUGUACUCCACCUGUGAUAUAUUGUUUAUAUAUUAUUGUAUUAUUCAUGUAACUUAUAAUAAAUGAUUACGAUAA